AUGUCUCCCGCGUCCCCCAUUAGAACUCCAUUAUGUGAGCUCCUGGGCAUCCAGCAUCCCAUCCUCCUCGCAGGAAUGGCGCGCACAUCUGGUGGACCGCUGGCUGCCGCAGUCUCCAACGCAGGCGGUCUCGGCACAAUUGGCGGUCUUGGUUACAGCCCACAACAGAUGAAUGAGAUGCUAGUCGAGCUGAAAUCACACCUAAAGUCUCCAGAUCUACCAUUCGGUGUUGAUCUGGCGCUUCCCAAAGUUGGGGAGGGCGCUCGCGCCACUAACCAUGACUAUACCCACGGGCAGCUCGACGAACUGAUCGAAGUAACGAUUAAGCAUGGUGCGAAGCUGUUUGUUUCUGCGGUUGGAAUUCCACCGGCUCACACCAUUAAGCGUCUGCACGAGGCGGGGAUUCUGAUCAUGAACAUGGUUGGGGCUCCCAGGCAUGCUGAGAAGGCCUUGCAGGCUGGCGUGGAUAUCAUUUGCGCCCAGGGCGGUGAGGGAGGAGGCCAUACGGGUGAUAUCCCAUUUUCGAUCCUUAUUCCAUCCGUCGUUGACGUGGCGCGCAAAUACCGUAGCCCAAUGACGGGUAAAGUGCCGCUCGUUGUUGCUGCUGGAGGUGUUAAUGAUGGACGCAGUUUGGCUGCCUCCCUCAUGUUGGGUGCUGCGGGGGUGUGGGUUGGAACACGAUUUGUUGCCGCAGAGGAGAGCGGUGCCAGUCGACUGCAUAAGGAAGCGGUUGUGAGCGCUGGGUUUGGAGAUACUAUUAGAACCUUGGUGAUCUCCGGCAGACCGCUACGGUGCCGUGAGAACGAGUAUAUCAAAGAAUGGGAGAGCAAACCCGAAGAAAUCCUACGGCUGACGAAGAGCGGUAUUGUACCGCUUAUGAAGGAUAUGGAGGAGGAUAAGGAGGUCGAUUUCCCUUUCUUGAUGGGACAGGUCGCUGCCAUUGUCAAGGAUAUCAAGCCCGCCAAAGAGAUUGUCGACACCAUGGUUGCCGAAGCCCGGCAAAUGUUAGAGCUAGGCUACUCCUAUACUGCCGAUAAGCAGGGCAGUAAAUUGUGA